CCCCUGAGUUCUUCAUUAUGUUGAAAGUUUAUGUUGCUAAAAAUAGGAUUUACGUGACUCUCCGUGACAACGGGAAGUGAUGGGAACUGCCACGUCAAUAAUAACUGCGUAGCUCUGUGGGCAGCUGAAACCCAGCGUAACAAAAUGAAAAACACCAGUUCUUGCGUUAAGCGCCAGUAAUCGAUGUCAUCCGCUGUCGUAGCACACACAAAAACAACCAAGUCUGAAAUUCAUUUUCAGGUAAACGACGACAUAAUGCGAGGCGAAGCAAACGAAAAAUCUGAGGAUUUUAUCUCCGGCUCAGCUACAGAUACGGACAACUUUCUUGAAGCAGCUACUUACCCAGUCAAAUUUUUGAUUAAGUUAUAUCAAACUACAAUCAUGGAAAGAGAAAUGCAAGAAAUAACAGUUCAACCGUCAAAAGCACGAGCUGAUGUAGGGAAAAGAUUGAUCGUCAGGGAACUUUCCAUAUCGGAAUUUGGUUUCCAAGAGCUACCGGUAACUAGGAUUUAGUUAAUCUAUCUUUCUAAAGCAGUUUUGUAGUUUAAUUGCAGCUACUAUGAUCAGUGUUUUAAUGAUGGAAAUAAUUCUGUAAUCUUGUAUUUUAACUGAUUGUUUAGUCAAACGUCUGCUCAGCAAUUCCCAAGUUCGAAGAAGAGUUAACUUCGAGUAGUGUCUUACUUAGUAAUGUUUACUGGCAUGAAGUUUAAAUUAAUCAAUGUAUUUCAAAAAUUCUGUACAUCAUUUUUAAUUAUUUAUCUAUUAUUUAGCCAAAAACUACAACUAAUUUUUAAAUUGAGGUACUUAAAUUAAAAACAUAAAACAAUUAAAUUUUCUUAGUUUCAAAACACCAAGGCCAGCAGAUUAAUUGACAAUCUUGACUCAUGGAAUCUGUUGAAAUCUAAAAUGUGUUCAUUGCAGGUAAACUUACAACUCAAUAUAUUCUCAUACUUGGAUGCAAGAUCACUUUGCACAGCUGCGUCAACAUGCCACUAUUGGAACAUGCUCAGUGAAGACAAAGUACUCUGGAUGAACUUGUUGCAACGUGAUAUGCACAAGUGGAGCACUAUGGGAUAUCAGUCAUGUCCAUCAACUUACAUGGAGGCAAGAUCAGAUUUAUCUUUGAAACAAAUGUGAGUGAGACAAUAUGCACCACAGUUGAGCAUAAUAUUUGUCACUUCUUCUUUGAUAAAUAAAAUUUGAUUUGAUGGCAAGACUGGGUGAAUACAAUCAAAGUUGAUUCACUCCCUUUCUUGUGUCCCUGCUGAGCCAGAAGAUGUAAAAUUUGGUAACAGUUUCAUCUCAUAGAGUGCAAUUAGAGAAGCAUUACACCUUAACCCUUUAAUUCCCAAGAUCUGAUUGUUAAUUCUCCCCUCUAGCUGCUACACAUUUCCUUGUAAAUUGGUUAUUCAAAUUUGAUGUUCAAUCAAGGUAACAUCUUGUACCUGAUGAGUUUUAGUAUUCUCACUACCUGUUUGUUGGAUAAUUUAUGGAUAUUAUAGGGAGAAGUUACAUGUUAAUCACUUCUGAGAUUUAAAGGGUGAAAAGUCACUUAAUGCUUCAAAAAGCUGGUUAAUUUACUUUGCUUUGAAAUUUAAGGGGUCACUCUCGAUUGAGAGGACAUGCAUCUCUCUUCAUUCUCCUGUUACUUACUUGUAUAUAAGGUUUGCAGAAGUAUACUUUUCACUCCUAUAAGAAAUAGCCAUAUAUGAGUUGAUUGACACUAAUUACAUAUGCAUUAAGUACCAUUCUCUUUUUCUUGGUAGAUACUUAAGGUGCUGUCCAGAGUGCAGAUCCUUAAGAAAAACCAGAGAGUCUUUCAAGUCAAUAGUCUUUUACAACCUGCAAAACUUAUCCUCCUUUUUCAAGAAAAGAUCACCCCGUUUAGUCAUGUUUGGUCCUGGGUUGGAGUCAGACACCAAAGGACUUGUGCGUGAACUAUUAUGGGAUAAAAAGUCACCAUUUGAAGUGACAGGAAUGUUCCCUGGACAGUUUGAAGGUAUUUACACCUUCUUUGGUUGAUGUUAUUGUGAAGUGAAAAAAAUUUGUUUUAGACGCUAGAGCUCACCAUGAUUGUAAUUAAUUUCACUCUGAUUGUAACUAAUUUUCACUAUAUCUAGAUCAAAUUAAAGUAGAAAUUACAUUUAUUAAAAGUAUGCAGUAGUAGGCAAAGUAAUAAACUUCUCUUGAAUUAAAAGUUUCAUCAAUGAAAAUUAAUUUUCACUCCUUCUUUGAACCCUUAAACUCCAAUGAUGAUCAAGACAGAAUUUCUCCUCACAAUAUCAAUACCAUAUCAAGCAAACAAGUGAUGAGGAUAAGGAAGAAUUUCAAUUAGGCAACUAUUAGUUAAUCCAAUACCAAAUUCUCAGAACUAACAUUGCAAGAAUUGAUUGGCAGAAAGCAAGGAGAAUUACUAGUGAGAUCUUGGGAGUGAAAGGAUUGAAAUAGAACUAAUCUUUUGUUAUAUGGUUUUACAAGGUGUUGGUUCUGGAGUUUGCUUGAGCUUUGAAAACAUGGAAUUAAACCUUAUCACAUUGUAUGCUUCAAACAAGUAAGUUACUUUUUCAAAAAACAUUUUAAUUUUCAAAGAACUGAAAUUUUGUUAUGAACUUUGUAAUGGACUUUGUAUGUGAACUUUGUAAUGGACUUUGUAUGUGAACUUUGUAAUGGGCCUUGCUCACCAUAGAGUCCCUGUGGCUCCAUUGUAGAGCAUCAGAGCAGGGAAUCUGAAUCGGAAGGUCUGAGGUUUGAUUCCUUCUAGGGAUAUCUUCAAAAAAAUCUACAGUUACGCUCAUCAAUUCACCUUGCAGAUGAAUUAUUGGUGAAUAAUUUUUUCGGAAAAGUUCCUCAGCCUACAACUUAUGUCUACUUUCCAACCCUGCCCCACAAAAAAAAUUUAGUUCCCAGAAAUCAUUUGGAUCCUUUUCUAUUAGGUAAUAGUAAACUGUAAGAGAAGUUAUGCCGCCAAAAAGAAAUGAAAAUGUAUUUCUUUCAUUCUCAUUGUUCCUUUUCACAAGCUUUGAUGUGCUACUGAGGUAAAGAAAAAACAAACAAACAAAAACAAAGAAAUUGUCAUGCAACAUGUCCAUGUAUGUAUGAAACAACAUUAUUUUUGUGUUUUCUUUUUGUGAUCUCUUACAGAAAAGAAAGAGAAGCUAAUGUAAGACUUGGAAGGCCAAGAUCUAGUAAACUACUGGCUUCCACUGAAAAUGCAAAUAAUAAUGAAGAUGACAAGGAUCAUGAGUCCCAGUCCCAGUCCCACUCCACUGAGUUAAGCCAUCCAGUCAGGGAACUUUGUAAAACCGUAAAUGCAUUUAUAUAUGUUGUCGACUCUUCUGCUGACUCUGAUAGAGGUACAAUUAUAAUUUUUUUUCAUUAAUCUUUUCAUGAAAAAAAGUGUUUAAACUUUUACUUGAUUAGAGUACAUCUACUGAUGGCUAUGUUAAGUUUGAAAGGUUGACAUAUAAAAUGUUAGACCUUUGUUGAAGCAACUUUCUUAUAACAUUAAAUGCUUGAACAUAUGCUUUCUAAAAUUCCCUGUGACAGUCCAUCAACCAAUUCCAACUUACAGUUGUUAAUUGACUCUUUUUUUUCACUUGUCUUCUGAGACAGCACAUGAGGUUAUUUUGAAAAGAAAAAAACAAACAAAAAAUAAACAGAAAACAAACCACUUUCAGAACAGCAUGAAUUAUGUACAAUCUCAGACCAAAAUGAAGAGAAUUACAUCCUCUCCUUUAGUUCAAUGGCACUUGAAUAUUAGUAUUAUCGUUAUCAUUAUCAUUAUCAUUUGGUUGUCUCUACCAUGGCCAUUACCAAUAGCACCCUUUGUAAGGAAGUUUCAUUUUUCUUCAUUUCUUUAAUUUCUUUCUCCAAGUCUCACAUUUGUUACCUUAUCUUGGAGUUUCAAAAAAGCAGGUUCUCAAAUUUUUCCAAUUGACUGGUAUAUAUACAGCAGUCAGAAAUACUUUUCCUAAUGUACAUUUCUAUCAUCUCUACACAGUGAAUGUAGGAGAUGUGGAGUUGUCUGCCAUGAUGAAUGAGAACUGGACACAAGUUAAGGCUCCUCUUUUAGUACUGUCUUGUGUUGAAAAAGAAAUCACACCUUCAUUGUCCUGUGCAACUGUCGUUGAGCUUCUACAGCUGAGACAACUCAACAGACCAUGGCAGGUUAGCCAUAUGGUAGUGUAGUAUUAUGUACUUGCCUUGGAUUAGAAAUCUGAAGAAGUCUUUAUAUUCCAAUGCUGAAACAUUACUGAACACCAGUAAGCUCGUUAAAGGAGGGGGGGAGGGAGAGGUUUAGUAAGUCUCCUCUUAGGCUACUCCUACAACUACAAGAGGUUCCUCCUUUUGGUGAAAUCCGUGGCCAAGAAAAAAAGUCAUGCAAGACAAAAAAUUUAUGUUUAGAGUGCAAUGCGGAACCCUAGAAGUAAGGCACAAAAAGAGUAGUGACAAUUGAUUUAGCUAGAGAGUUUGACCUCUGCAUUGCACUCAUGAUGCAGAAAUACGAUUGACUAACAUCUGGAAAUCUGUUGACAAGCAGUGAUGGAUGUUAAUGCAUUUUUGGCACUAGACUUACAUUGUGGUUGGUGAGCUGCAGGAAUAUUAAUGGCCGUGUUCAACUGAAGAAAUGUUAAAUGGUUUCCGUGUUUACAUAGCCUGAUGUAAUCAUGUGGGAGGUUGGG